AUGGUGGAUCAAGAGCUGGAGCCAUCUGUAUCCGUCACUGAGCAAAACCUGGCAGAUCGAGUUCGGUACAUCCUGCGCUCCAACAUAUUUGGUGACGCCGAACUCGAACGACUACGACGUGAGGCUGUUCCCUCAUCGAAUGGAAAUACUACGGCUGGGAAUUCGGCGCCACUAAUUGCGCAGCAAAUUCCAUAUGUGGAUGCUGCCGUCAAUAUUCCAUUUGUGGUUGAUUCAGACGAUGAUGGAUUAGUUCCCCACGAACUAGAAAAAAUGAGGAGCAUAUUGGAAGGGUCGAUGCUGCAAACGCGCAACAUGCCUCUCAAAAACCGACCGCGACUUCCCCGCAUACCCCUUUGCAAGCGAAAUAGGGCUGUCGUGUGGGCUCUUAACCCAAUGCUGGUGAACUAUUUGGAAGCCAGCCGGGACCUUUGCGAGACGGACUCAAUUCUUUUUGCCACAUUAUUGGCGCUAAAAUUCCCAUGGCUGGAUGUGCUACUCGACAAAGUAGCGGCAUCCCUGCCUGGAAAAAGAGAAUUGAGGACCGUAUCGCAAAGGCAUGGACCCUUAUCGGCAGACUGA